AUGGAUGACAAUCUCCAUAUUCCUCGCGUCAAUGUCUAUCCUCAAGCUUUCCUGAGGAAGUAUGGUCAUAUCCAAUGCAAUGCAGUCUUACCCCAUUUCGCUCCAUUCACGUCAAAAAUUUGUAAGGCCGUUUCUCACGACACAAUUGGUCGAGAUGAAUUUGAUGACCACACUUUGGAUGACGACCUUGACUAUUUGAACAAUUUUCAGAAGCUCAUGCCAACUGUACUCUUGGCUAGCGGUUGCCAGUUCUACAAUGAGAUCUCGCAUUGCAUCAGGCUGUCCGCCGCCUUACACAAUAUUCAGAAAGGUCACAUCACUUCUGCCCUCUUGGGUGCUUAUGCCACUACAUGCAACACUCAGACCACGCAUAUGAUGGUUCUUAGAGAGUGUAGUCUGCUCUUGCCUCACCAAUGUUACAAUAACAAAAUCGAUGUAAAUGAUGUUCCCCGUGCGUUGCAUCUGGAGAACAUAUAUAUCUUCCAGUUAGACUCCUUGAAGUUGGCGAAGCAGAAUGGAUUAUCAAUAUAUCGAGACAUGGUUGUACCCUUGGCAAGUUACUGGUCGCAUCCCACCAUCUUCGAGGCCAUUCGCCCACACCUGUUUGUGUUGACCGCUGAAGCAUUUCCCCAUGUUUAUCAAUGGACCACCUAUCCAAUCACGUCCCUGCUCGAAUGUAUAUGGGAACAUUUCCUGCCUGUCCUCACCAAAGGUGGUGAACCUGCCCCUCAAGUCAUUGAAUUAUGCUCCAUCCUUGAAUGCACGUUGGCAUAUGCUCAUACUGGAAACUCAAAAGUAAUCGCUACAAGUCUCAUGAGGCCUUUGUGGUUGGUAAAGAGUCUCUUGGAACAAGGUCUUCCAACCUUCACCCCCUCAGUGCAAUUUUCCCACACUCCAUGCGUUCCUGUUGCCAUCAGUCCUUCAGAGUGGCCCACCCUCACCAACAUGAAUGUCCCGACCAUCACAUCCAAGCGCUCACAAAUAUUGACGUAUGGGAAUGAUCAUUUUGAGGCAUGCAUCGUCUCAUUCCGUCUCUGUCCUCUCUCGGUCAAUCAGCUGGCGCCCAAUACCUUUAAGCCAUACACUAGCAAUGUCCAUCAUGCAGCCAUCAUCGCAGUGGUCGCCCUUCAAGUGUACAUAGCUGAUGUCAAGACACUUGUUGCAGGGGCUGUCACCACUGCAUGCAAUGCCAUGGAGGCAGAAGAUGCCAUUGAUGGGGAACUCCAUGCAUCGCAGCGGCACAGAGGACUUUGCAAAUGGCUUGCAACCGCUCAUUCUCUUGGUCAUGUUGAUAAGGCAUAUGAACAUUUAGUGUCCUGCGUGCUUUCCAAAUCCACUGCCCACCACAAGGGAUUGCCAAAUCCAACCAAGGACAAACUCUCCAUCCAAGACUUUGCUUGCCUCAUUUGUGAGAUGUCUCGAGGGACCGACCCUGUCACCAUUGCCACUCCUCUCAUCUUCAAUGGGGUUUCAACUCCUGUCUUUCGCAUCACUCUAACAUAUAUGCGCAAAUAUGCCCCGCAGGAUUCUACACAGUCUUCAGAGAGGUUCUUGCAGGAAGCAUUCAUCAUCACCACCAAUCAUCUUCAUAUCAACAAUAUCCCCUGGCAUGGUGCAGCAGGACUGUGUGGCAGACGGCGUCAGAAGCCUGUCUUUGAUUCCUGGGUCAAUCUAGGAAAGGCCAUUGACUCACAAGCUAUUGAGUGUCAUCAUACCCAGUUGAGCAAUGCUGCGGCCAAUGCAUCUCGAUGCGCCCAGGUCACAGAUACCAGGACAGCUUGGUCUGCUGAGUUGAUCACCUUGCAGUCAUUGGCCGAUUACAUCCUUCGCUCUCGUCUCCCUGAUGAACUCGCGAUUGAGAGCAUUGAGCUCCCAAGAGGCCCAACAGCUGGCAGCAAGCCUAGCGUGAGUAUGAUCUAUGAGUGGGUUUUUGCAAACUUCGACAUCGAUAAACCUCUGCAUCAGAUCGCACUCACUGCCGGUAUUUAUGUCAGCCAGAUUCUUCCUGAUUUAUUCUUCACCGACAGCGAUAAAUCACAAGGGAAUGUGACCAAUCCUGUCAUGCUCACAAAGGCAAUACGCGCUCUCCCAUGGAAGCCACACCGCCGCAGUCACAAAGGGUGCAGACUGCCAAGCCAGUUCAUCGCCAUGGUGCCUGCCUAUAUAAUCGCAGUGUACGCCCCAACAAGCCCCUUGCGCAUUCAUUUGAAAAGUGGUAAUAGCUUCCCCACCAUCUGGAAUUCGAAGAACAUUGCAAAAGGGAUCGGGCCACUCCUUCUUGUGCGACUAGGCCUUGCAAGUGCCUUAUCGCACAGAAUUUGGAAAGGUGGGCUGCCUUUGGUGCAUUGGAUGUUGCUCUCUCCGGAGGAUAUAACCGUCAAACAUCGGGAGAUCAGUGCGUGUUUGGCUGAUCGCCACUACGGUCCCUUCCACAUUGCAGUUAUGUUUGUUUGGCAUUGA